AGAGCUGUUGCAUACCGAUGAGUUGGCAGCCGGUCUGAACUGACCCACAGACUCAUACAAACCAACAGGACCUCAGCACCCUCACCCAGGCUACCCAAACCCUUGGACCAGGGAGGCAUAGUCUUGCCCACAUCAACGGUCGGGCUGCUUUCUUGGGGACCAACAAACCGAGUUUCCUUCUCUACACUUACUCUGGCAAUCCAUGAGGCUUAAUCAAUUGCAUUGGGAAACCAGCUGUGUAAAAACGCAGGUGGGCGCUCCAUCCCGGACCAGUCCUCCACGGAGCUGGAAUUCGGGCUGACCCAGGACCACGUGUUGCCAGGACAGAGACUCCGUAGCGCCUGCUCUCACUCUCCAGAUCAGAGUGUUGACAGAAAGAAUGUUCAAACAUCUUCGGAAAUGGUUUGUCGCUCACUUUUUUGGGCAUUCUCGGCAAAGAGCCAGGCUGGUCUCCAAAGAUGGAAGAUGCAACAUAGAGUUUGGCAAUGUGGAGGCCCAGUCAAGGUUUAUAUUCUUUGUGGACAUCUGGACAACUGUGCUUGACCUCAAAUGGAGAUACAAAAUGACCAUCUUCAUUUCAGCCUUCUUGGGGAGUUGGUUCUUCUUUGGUCUUCUGUGGUAUGCGGUAGCCUACAUCCACAAAGAUCUCCCUGAGUUCCAUCCUUCUGUCAACCACACCCCUUGUGUGGAGAACAUUAACGGCUUGACCUCAGCUUUUCUGUUUUCUCUGGAAACACAAGUGACCAUUGGAUAUGGAUUCAGGUGUGUGACAGAACAAUGUGGCACUGCCAUUUUUCUCCUUAUCUUCCAGUCUAUACUUGGAGUCAUCAUCAAUUCUUUCAUGUGUGGUGCCAUUUUAGCCAAGAUCUCCAGACCCAAGAAACGUGCCAAGACCAUUACCUUCAGCAAGAAUGCAGUGAUCAGUAAACGGGGUGGGAAGCUUUGUCUCCUAAUCCGUGUGGCUAAUCUUAGGAAGAGCCUCCUUAUUGGGAGCCACAUAUAUGGAAAGCUCCUGAGGACCACAGUCACUCCUGAGGGAGAGACCAUUAUUUUGGACCAGAUCAAUAUCAACUUUGUAGUUGAUGCAGGGAAUGAAAAUUUAUUCUUCAUCUCCCCAUUGACAAUUUACCAUGUCAUUGAUCAAAACAGCCCAUUCUUCAACAUGGCAGCAGAAACCCUUCCCCAACAAGACUUUGAAUUAGUGGUGUUUUUAGAUGGCACAGUGGAAUCAACCAGUGCUACCUGCCAAGUCCGGACAUCCUAUGUCCCAGAAGAGGUACUCUGGGGUUACCGUUUUGCUCCCAUAGUAUCCAAGACUAAGGAAGGGAAAUACCGAGUGGAUUUCCAUAACUUUAGCAAAACUGUGGAAGUUGAGACCCCUCAUUGUGCCUUGUGCCUUUAUAAUCAGAGAGAUGCUAGGGCCAGGAUAAAGAAAGGCUAUGACAAUCCCAACUUCAAUUUGUCAGAAGUCAGUGAAACAGAUGACACCAAGAUGUGACAGUGGCUUUUCAACAGGAGUAAAGUGAAUUUUUGAAGAUACCUAGUGACUAGAAGUAUUAGGAAGCAAUCAACAAUUUGAGGAUAUGAAAUUAGAAUAAGAGCCUUCAAUGUCUAUCAGCACCAUGCCCCUUGAACCCCACAGCCACUUAUAAGAUAUAUAGCUCUACAAGGCAACUGCAUUAGAACAUGCACUAUUCUUAUAGGAAAUGGCAGUAUGGAAGCCAUAGGAGUUCACUUGGAAUCUUGAAUACAAUUAUUUGAAAUCAUGCAGUGUUGAUAGAAACAGAAUCCUCAAAAGUUUCAUGGACAGGCCAAAUGAUAUCUUAAAAGUCUCCUUAAAGAAGUUAUGAGCUUUAGAAAGGAUCAUAUUCUCAUUUUGAUUCUACUGAUAAGAAACAAGCCACUUUUAUUUUAACAUUGGUGGCUUUUAUCAAGGAAAAAUGGUCUCCCUUGGGAGAGCCAUUUUUGGUUGGUUGGAGGAGAUGAACUAAUCAGAAAUGGUAAGAAAAGACUGGUACUCCAAGAACAUUUGUGAGGCUCUGAGCUUCUCCAGCCCUGGUUUUUGGAGCUUCCAUCUUAGUCUGGGUCAUGUUGUGUUUCCUGAAGAGCAAGGGAAGGCUCAGGCCACCGACUUUGCAUCUCUACCUGUCAACGUGGGGAGGAACACUGAGAUUAACCUGCUUUAUAGCACAUCCGAUGCUGCAGCCCAAGUUGGGUUUUGGUCCAAAUGAUAUCAAAUGGUACAUUUAGACAGAGGAUAAAUCGUCACCCUAAAAUCUCAAUGAACAUUUUCCUAAAGAAAGAAUGCUUGAUUUGAAAAUGGUGAUAUUUCUUCCAGCUAGGUGGGAUAAGGGGCUACAAAUCCAUUAAAAUAAUAAAUGUCACCUUAGGAGGGACAGCACUUCCAGUGCUUCUGAGAGAAAAAUUAUCUUGUGUUUUUGUGCCUUGAGUUUGUACUGAAAUGCUGUUGCUAAAGAAGACUUGUGGAUAGGAAAGGGUCUGUGACCCCACAGGGAGGCAAACAUGACAUGUGUUUUCCUCUGAGGGCCAACAAGACAUCUUCCUCAAAGGGACCAAUUUAAUAUAAGGAUUGAUCUUUAGGGAAGGGUUUUACUAUGAAUGUCUCAUUCAGUCCUCCACCUCCAUGAUUUUGAAUCUAUUCUGGAAGGAAUGGGACUCAAAGCACCAUAGGAAUCAAAAUGUUUUCAGUGUGUUGAUUCAUAAAUUAAAUUUCUGAAACUGUG